AUGAGUGAAAAAACUGCAGUUUUAGAAAGACUUAGUAGACGUGAAGCACAACGGAUUGAAAAAUUGCAAAAAGCACACAAGGCAAGGGAAGAUGUAGAUGCAACCAAUGAAAACGAGGAAUAUUUUUCUGGGGCAUUCAAAAUCCGUGCAGAAAAUGUUGAACAAUUACUUUCCCAAAUUCCAACAUUAGAAACAAACAUAUUGCCGGCCCAUUUUGACAAUAUCAAGAGAGAAGUUAAUGAACUACAAAAGUUUGUUGUCACAUCGUCAUUCUUUCUUAAGGAGUUUAAUCUGCGAAAAUUUCUUGCUAUUGUUCAAAAUUUACAAUCUAAAUGCUACGAAUUGGAAGACAGAUAUGUUCCACGAAAGAAAUUCGGGUUCACACGGAAGAAACUGCCGAAAUCACAUAGUCAGAAGCAAGAUUCACUGGAUGAAAACGAUGCAACUGGUAAAGUGGAUAGCAAUAAAUGGGAUGAAAAGCUAUUUGGGUUUGAUUCAAAGGAAAGCCAAGUUUUAACUUUAAACAAUGAUGAGUUAUUCCAAAGGGAUGUUGCACUGCGCAACCUAAAGAACUGUACUAUCGGAUUGAAAGGUGUAAUGGCAACUCUACAUUUAACGAACUUGGAGAAUUGUAUUGUUCUAUCAGGGCCAGUGACAUCAUCUGUAUUUAUGGACAAAUGUAUCAACUGCAGAAUUGUCACAGCCUGCCAACAACUCCGUAUGCACAGUUCGAUAAAAUGUGACAUUUAUUUGCAUGUUACUAGCAAAGGUAUUAUUGAAGAUUGCUCUCAAAUCCGUACUGCCCCUUACAAUCUAGAAUAUGAUGAUAUGGAGAAGCAUUUCAAUAUGUCAUCAUUAGAUAGAAACAGUAACAAUUGGGAUAAUUUGGAUGAUUUUAACUGGCUGGCCCCAGAUGUGCCAUCUCCUAAUUGGUCAAUUCUUGAAUCAGCUCACCGUAUUCCAAGUUGGAGCGAGGUCUGGUCGAAACUACCCUCAUAA